AUGAUAUUGCAGACUCACAACCACCAAGCACCACCGUCAGCUCCGGCGCCACCACCGCAGAAUCUGGGACUUUCAAGGGGACCUACUUGGACUCCAGCUGAACAGCUUCUUCAACUUCAUUAUUGCAUCCAUUCUAAUCCUUCAUGGCCGGAAGCAUUGCUUUUGGGUUUUCAUCAUUACAUUGUGAUGUUCGGAACAACUGUUCUGAUUGCAACCAAUCUUGUACCUCAAAUGGGUGGGAGUCAUGGAGAUAAGGCUCGUGUGAUUCAGACAUUGUUGUUUAUGUCGGGCAUCAAAACAUUGCUUCAAACUUGGUUUGGUUCAAGGCUUCCGGUGGUUAUGGGCGGAUCACUUGCUUUCGUACUUCCGGUGAUGUCGAUCAUCAAUGAUUACAAUGAUCAGACUUUUUCAUCUGAGCAAGAGAGGUUUACCCGCACAAUGAGAACAAUUCAAGGAUCCCUCAUUGUUUCAUCUUUCAUCAAUAUCUUCCUUGGAUAUAGUAGGGCAUGGGGAAAUUUAACAAGGUUGUUUAGUCCCAUUAUCAUUGUACCUAUUGUAUCUGUUGUUGGUCUUGGUCUGUUCACGAGGGGCUUUCCAUUGGUUGCAGAUUGUGUGCAAAUCGGAUUACCUAUGCUCAUUCUACUGAUCAUAACACAACAGUAUUUGAAGCGCCUCCAUCCUCAAGCUCAUCAUAUACUUGAGAGGUUUGCUUUACUUAUCUGCAUUGCCAUUGUUCGGGCUUUCGCUGCUAUCCUCACAGUUGCUGGUGCAUACAAUAAUUCCAAAUCAAAGACCCAAACGAGUUGCCGCACAGAUCGCUCCUACCUUUUGACUUCUGCUCCUUGGAUUAAAGUUCCAUACCCAUUUCAGUGGGGUACCCCCAUAUUCAAGGCUAGUCAUGUCUUUGGGAUGAUGGGAGCAGCACUUGUCUCUUCUGCUGAGUCAACUGGUACUUACUUUGCCGCAGCCAGGCUUUCUGGCGCAACACCACCUCCAUACACUCAUAAGCCUCAUCCAGAUUUCUACUACCAUCCAACUCUGCAUCACAACAACAUACUGCCCAAUAGCAAACCAACCUGUACCUACACCAAUAACAAAUAA